CGUUUCUUGGCCACUGUCCCGGCCGAGUCUGCGAACGUCACAACGACCUGCCGCCAGCCAGCCAUACACACACACACACAUUAUAGUAAUUUUUAUUAUUAUUACCAACAAUCACAUCGAUUGUCGUUGUUAGGUAUUCGAUAAUCGAAGAAUACUUAUAAUAAUAUAUUAUUCUAGCUGUCAUCACGAGUAUUUUUGAUUUUCUUUUUCUCUUUAUACAUCACUGUUCGCGUAUUUCGUGAUUCCGAGUUUUUUUUUUCAAAACCACUUAUUUUCAUAAACCAAAAUAUUUCACUGCAAAACCUAAUACCUAAGAUUCUCAGUCGAGUACCACUUUUACCCGUAUCGAUUACUGUUCAAUAAUGAUCGACUACUUGCAGAAAAUUUUCAUCGUGGCCGCGGCCAUAGUGUACGUCCAAGCGGAAAAAUCAAAAGUCAUACCACCCUACAUAAAACAAUGCAUACGAGACGACCCAAAGCUCAAUGAAUGUCUCGCAGCGGAAAUCAAUCAUUUAAGACCGUACUUGAAAGAAGGAAUCGAUGAAAUCGAACUGCCACCCGUGGAACCUUUCAGGAUGGAUUCUUUGAGCUUAGCAAUUACCGGUGGAUCGAAUGGCUACAAAAUAACGUUGAGGGAUAUUGAUUUGUAUGGAGCUAGCAAUUUCUCUAUUCAAAAAGUGUUAAUACGUCCAAAUGCACCAUUUGAAGGUAAAGUCAGAAUUCCAAAAAUGACAAUGGAUGCCAAAUAUGCUAGUACUGGAGUGUUGUUAGUGCUUCCUGCUAACGGAAAUGGAUCAUUCCACGCAGAUUUAGGUGAUGUUACCGCUACAGCAAAAGGAAUUUUGUCUAGUUAUUACAAAGAUACAGAAAAAUAUUACAACUUGGACUUUUUGGAAGUAGAUUUAGUCAUAAAAAAAGCAUACAUGGUUGUCACCAGAGUCAACAAUAAUAGGAUAAUUGUUGAAGCAACAAACUUAUUUUUGCGUGAAAAUGGUCAAGAAGUAUUACAAGUUAUGAUGCCUCAACUUCGAACCAAAUUGGCAGCAAUUUUUAAGAGGAUAGUGAACCAGUUAUUGACUCACGUUCCCGCAGAUACCUUCUUCAGUAGUUAAGUUACUGUUAACAUAAAAAGAAAAAAAUACAAUUUCAUGUGAAAAUAUGUUUUAUUUUUCGUAGUUAAGGCCCUUUUUUAGACUUAUUUUGUUAAUAAUUAUAUUUUUAUUAUUGCUUUUUUUUGAAAACUGAUUUACGUUAAUUGUAAUAUAUUAUUAUGUCGUAAAAAACUUUUCGGUUUAUUUGUACCGAAUAUCCCCUGCCAUCAAAAGUAUGAUUUAUUUUUAUUUAUCUUAUAUAGUAUAUUGACAUAGUAAUAAGAUUUUUUUUGUUUACCAAAAAUCAAAUUUCUACAGUCUGCAUUUAAUAUAAUGACACUUAUAUGUGCAUUUUAAAACUUGGUUAAAUAUUAUUUUUGGAUAUAUAAUAUACUAUAAUAUUUUGUAACUAUCGAUACUCAUAAUAUUAUAUUUUUGACAACAUCGUGAAUAUUGGCUUAUAUUAUAUUAUAUAGUUUUUAUAAUCAUUA